AUGGCCCUGUCACCGACGUGUCAAGCGGAAGCAACGGCUGCAAAUGUCGACGCAGCCACAAAAUCUGCAGCCUGGAAAAUGACUGUUGCACCAGGCUCGAAGAUUCGAUUUGUUACAAACCAAGUAAUUACUCAAAUUGGAGUUAUGAAGUGGUAUAUGGCGAAGGUUCCAGCUGGACACACUGCUACGCCUUGGGAUGAAAGUGGGAAUGUUUGGUUCAAGAUCAAUGAGGACCAUCCUACCUUUUCGCCGCUGAAUUGGCCUUCUUCCGAACCUGUUCCCAGUGAGAAACUACGAUUUUUGAUCUACAAGGAACUGGCAGUGCCAAGAAUGUGUUUGGAGAACUUCAUUGUUGAAGAUUGGAAAGGAAAGCAGGCGGUCAAGGAGGUUCAAGACGAGAUUGACGGGUACGGAGGACCAUCUCACCAGUUCAGAGGCGUAAAAGCUGGGUUGAUCAUCGAAUUCAAGUACUUGGUUCAAAGGAAAGAAUACCGCAUGAGGGCUAUUAUUAUCGGUGAACAAAAAGCACAGCCUGACUUUGCAAUCCAACCGCCUCCGAUAGCCUCUGGUGCCGUUGGAGCACAGGUAUACUUUUAUGUCCCAGGUUAUAACCACUUGACCGAGUGGGACAAAGUCGGAUGCGAGUAG